AAAUUUACUGCUGAGUUCCGACCCGCUCUCUUCGGAUUUGUUGCCCGUGCUUAUCAUGACGCAGGUGAAGUGUGUGGUUCGGCCAAAACGGGUGUCAGCCAAACGGCAGUAUCACCACCAGAAGUUUAUAGCCAAAGUAAAUAAACAGCGUAAGAAGGAGGGUAAAGACCCAUUGCCUGGUGUAAGGACCCCUAAAUCUAAGGAAGUACCGGAGAAGCACGAAUCACGAUUUCCGCGUAGUUAUGUAACUCAACAGGGGAAGCGCAAACUACGUCUACGAAAAACAAAGUGCUUCUCUCAGCAUGUUCGGAAGAUUCGUUCUAGUAUACAGCCAGGAACUGUACUCAUUCUGCUUGCCGGACCACACAAAGGCAAACGUGUUGUCUUUCUAAAGGCUUUAAAGAGUGGGUUAUUGCUUGUCACAGGGCCUUUUAAAUACAAUGGUGUACCACUUCGGAGAGUAAACCAAUGUUAUGUAAUUGCAACAUCAACGCGGAUAAAUAUUUCGGAGGUUGGGAUACCCAAGCACAUCGAUGAUGAAUACUUCCGGCGUGCUGAUCUUAAGGAGCACAAAACAGAAGCCGAAAAACUGUUUAGUACAGAGACAAAGAAAUACACCGUCAGUGACACACGAAAAGAAGACCAAAAAGUUGUGGACAAGCAAAUUCGUGCAUCGAUAAAAAGUCACCCUGACUCGAAGAUUUUGCACGCUUACUUGCGUUCACUAUUUUCAUUAGGCAAAAGGGACUAUCCACACAAGAUGAUUUUCUAAUGUUAUUUGGCAAUAAAUGUUAGUCAGGAGAUUUCCUUUUGCUUACUGAUUUUGUGUCAUUUGAUGUAUUGUUACUCUGAGGGCGUUUCCCUUGUCCUUCCUGUUUGCAGGUAAUUGUUGAGCGUAAUUCUGCUUUCGGGCUUUAGCAUGAAAUACGUUAUUGCGUUUAUGAUCUUCAACGCUUUUCGGUCAAUUUUAUUAGAUCUAUGUUCAUAAACUGCGACUGCAUGGCAACUUUUUGCACUGCGAAGGGCACAACGUAUCGUAUAAAUAUCGAUAGUCUCAUGUAUGAUGUCUGUUCUAGUUGAAUCCGUCCGUACCUGUCUAGGUAGUCACCUUAAUUUUAUAUGCAGUGGAGACACCGUGCCUGUUGUGGUAUGCGGUACAUUAUCUGUAUUUGAAUGUCCAUGGCUCAGACAGCCUUGUAAUCCUCUAAAGCAUCCGUUUUAGUUGAACUAAAGUCGGUGUAGUUGUCUGCCAUUUUGCGAGGUUUGUUAUAUGGAAAGCUUACCUUAUAGUCGCACUAUUAGGCAUCGUGGUGACAAUAUCAUCCAGUGGGCAAAGUUACUGGAACAAGGUUUUCACUCCUGAAUUCGUCCUGACGUUCGUGCUGUUGACUAUAAUACUAUUGGAUCUGAUUCCUUUCCUGCGACUUGGCGCUGUAGGUAAUGGCCUAAGAGAUGUGUCAUUGGAAGCCCUUCUCCUUUCAUGAUAGUAUUCUGCCGUUAGAACAUCCUUGCGUUUCACGAACUACAUGAUGCUGUUAUCUUGUUUUAUGGACAGAUAGUUUUAAGACGUUGCAUGUUUUCAUUCUUCUGCGACUAUGUCACGUUUCAACUAGUUUUGAGUUUCCAGACUUAUUCGUGUUCGUAGUUAUACCAUACUCUAAGGCUAAAAGAGCGUGAUUAUGUAUUCGAAGUCAUUAACAGCCGGUAUCGGUACUGUAGUUAGUUCGCCGUUCUUUUUCUAUGAUUGGAUUAUCCAUUGUCAGGCCUUAAGAUCAUCACAGCAACCUUGUUUCAAUUCAACAGUUCUUCAACGUAAACAGAAUAUCUGCUUGUAAGUGUGGGAAGUAUUUUAUAAUUAUUUUAAGCACGUUCACUGUCAAACGGUAUUUUGCAGCCACUACUCUUCAGCGUGUAGCGGUUCUCUUGCCCUGACACAACCUUACCACAUGCGUGUACAUUAGGUGUCCCAGUAAGAUCCAGCUUGUAUUCAUUCUCGGCUUCGUUAUCGCGAAACAUUAUGAAGCACUGGAUGGAAUAUAACUCCAAAUACCCUGAUAACUCUACUCAGUAUGUAACAUGCCAUUUCUUUAGAUCAGUAUGUAAAGGUGGUAACUGCGACUGCUUCUGUAGCAUUAGUUUCAAGGUACUGAAUUUAUCAACAGAUAAUAUCGACAUGUAUAUUGCUGAUUUCGAGCUCUAGGUUGUAAGUAGUUUGUCGAAUAUUUAUCAGAGCGUAUGUCUUCCCUUGUGGUUACCAUAAUUUAAAAGUGAAACCUGUUUGUGGGAAUCAGUCCCGUUUGAAUAUAGUUCUCCCAACGGAUUAUUAUUUAAAAACAUAAAUAUUGGUACGAGGAAGCACCAGGUGCAUAUGCGCCAUACAAAUCUCAUUCGAUUUGCUUGAGAGCUGUGAUACUGCACAGGUGACCAAACUGAAGCAGGUGGUUUUCUUAGGGGGCCACACUCGGAGCCUUUGACCUAAAGAUCUGAUCCACAAGGCAGUGGAGCAUCGUAAAGAGAUGCAGUCCCAUUGUAGCCGGUGAUCAACGAUUGAUUCCUACGCCAUUUG